AUGGCUUCCGCUUCGCCUCAAACCGACCUGCUGCUGCCUUUCACCCCAAACAGCCACCCGGAAGUCAAAAUCCCGAAACUCAUCUACGGGACAGCAUGGAAGAAAGAGCAAACGGCGGACCUGGUAUAUGAAGCCAUCAAGGCGGGUUUCCGAGCCUUCGAUACUGCAGCUCAGCCUCGUCAUUAUCAAGAAGGACUAGUGGGGGAAGGGAUCCGGAGGGCGAUUGAAGAGGGCAUCGUGACGAGAAAGGACCUCCAUAUCCAAACCAAAUUUAUAACCCCGCAAGGCCAAUCUCUAGAUAAUAUGCCCUACCGCUUGGCCUCGCCCCUCCCGGAACAAAUAGAGAAAUCACUUGCUUCGUCACUCUCACACUUUACAUUUUCUUCUCCUUCAGAUUCCUCACCAGAGGGAAAUGCGGAAAAACCAUACAUCGACACAUUCAUCCUGCACUCCCCCCUCGCCACUGUUGACCUGACCCGCCAAGCCCUCACGCAACUCGCAACCCACAUACCAUCCCGCAUCCGCUCUCUAGGUAUAUCUAACAUCGACCUCCCCACGCUUCAUCCCCUCGUAGUCUCAUCUAACCUCCCUGCUCUCCCUUGCGUGGUGCAGAACCGAUUCUACUCCUCAACAGGCCACGACGUCUCUCUACGCUCCUUCUGCCGCUCUCACGGUAUCCUAUAUCAGUCUUUCUGGACACUUACCGGCAAUCCUAGCUUACUGCAGAGCAAGCCCGUUGGAGAUCUGGCGGUGAAGGUAACCGAGAGGGGUGUUGUUAAGGAUGAGAAAGAAGGAAGGAUCCUUGCGCUAUAUGCGUUGGUUAGUAUGGGCUUGCGCGGUAUUAGCGUUUUGGAUGGUACGACGAAUAUGGAGCAUAUGGUUAGUGAUCUUGAGGGAUUGAAGGCCAUGCGCGGUUUAGUUGCUCCUGGAGGGGAAUGGGAGACUGAAUGGAAGAACUGGGUGGAGGAGUUUUGUGACCUAAUUAGUGAGUCGCCGUGA